CUUAGAUGCUCUGUAUUCUUCUUUGUGAUGACAGUUUAGAAUUGAUUUUUAUUAGCAACUAAGAGCAGUUUUGGACCAAGUAUACUCACUUGCUGAAAAAAACUCCUCCAGAAAGCAUGUCUCAGUGGAAUCAAGUCCAACAACUGGAGCAAAGAUUUUUGGAACAGGUAGACCAGUUUUAUGAUGAUACAUUUCCCAUGGAAGUAAGACAUUUACUGGCAGCAUGGUUAGAAAAUCAAGAUUGGGAUGCUGCCUCAAAUAGUGAUUCCCUGGCCACCAUUCUCCUCCAGAACCUGAUGAUUCAUGAGGAGCAACUGAAUCGUGUUCCCUGGAGGAAAAACUUGUUAUUACGGCACAACCUCAAAAGAAUCAAGCAACAUCUAUCGGGGAAGUACCAUGGAAACCCAAUGCACAUGGCCAUGGUGAUUUCAAAUUGUUUACGGGAAGAGAGAAGAAUUUUGGCAGCAGCAAGUAUGCCAAUGCAGGGCCCAUUUGAGAAGUCUUUGCAGAGCAAUGCAGUUUCUGAGAGACAAAGGACAGUAGAAAAUAAAGUAGCCAGCAUCAAGAACAGUGCCCAGGUAACAGAACAAGAUGUAAAAUACUUAGAAGACCUGCAAGAUGAAUUUGAUUUCAGAUUCAAAACACUACAAAGUAAAGAUAUUGGUGAGAAGAAUAACAUCCUUAUAGAACAGGAGUGCUUUAAGUUACAGGAAAUGCUUAAUGCAUUGGACCAAAAGAGGAAGGAAGCUCUAAGGAAAAUGAUGCAGAUAGUGGAUGAAAUUGAUUCUUUGAUGAGUAAAAAGCUGAUUGAGGAGCUACGGGAGUGGAAGAGACGUCAGCAGGUUGCAUGUAUUGGAGGACCACUGCAUAGCAGCCUUGAUCAGUUUCAGAACUGGUUCACUCUUAUAGCAGAAAGUCUAUUUCAGUUGAGAAGACAAAUCCAGAAGCUGGAUGAACUGUGGUCUAAGGUAACUUAUGAAGGGGAUCCAAUUCCACAGCAAAAACAGUAUAUCAUGGAACGUGUCAUCUUCCUAAUAUUGAGUCUCUUCCAAAGUGCUUUCAUUGUGGAGAGACAGCCAUGUAUGCCAACUCAUCCACAAAGGCCUUUGGUGCUGAAAACGGAAAUACAAUUCACUGCUAAAUUAAGACUGCUAAUCAAGCUUCCAGAACUGAAUUAUCAAUUACGUGUUAAAGCAACAAUUGACAAGGAUCCAUCACUGAACGUAAGUAACCGUAGGUUUUAUCUCACUGGAACACCUAUCAAAGUGAUGAGCAUUGAAGAGUCUGCAAAUGGAGGGCUGUGUGUAGAAAUGAGACACUUGAAGCCAAAGGAAAGCAAAUCAAACCCUGGAAAUAAAGGCCACGAGGGAUGUCACAUAGUAACAGAAGAACUGCACACAAUAAGCUUUGAAACACAAGUGUGCUUAUAUGGACUCACUAUAGACUUGGAAACCAAUUCUCUGCCUGUUGUGAUGAUCUCCAAUGUCAGUCAGUUACCGAGCGCCUGGGCUUCUAUAAUUUGGUGCAACCUUUUUACAACCGAACCUCACGAUCUAGCUUUCUUUGCUAACCCACCAAAUGCUAACCUAAAUCAGCUUUUGGAAGUGCUAAGCUGGCAGUUUUCAUCUUAUGUUGGUCGAGGGCUGAAUUCCGAACAACUUAAUAUGUUGGGAGAAAAGCUUUCAGGUCAACAAGGAAACCAAAGUGACUCUCAGAUAUCAUGGGCCAGAUUUUGUAAGGAACAUUUGACUGGAAAGUCUUUUUCUUUUUGGGCAUGGCUUGAAGGAAUUCUGGAACUUAUUAAGAAACAUCUUCUUCCAAUAUGGAUUGAUGGAUGCAUCAUGGGAUUUGUAAGCAAAGAGAAAGAAAGAGUUUUAUUAAAGGACAAGAUGCCUGGAACGUUUCUCUUGCGGUUUAGUGAAAGUCAUCUAGGAAGCAUUACAUUUACAUGGGUUGAUCAGUCCGAAAAUGGUGAAGUAAGAUUCCACUCUGUUGAACCAUACAACAAAGGUCGGUUAAUUGCCCUCCCGUUUCCUGAUAUCCUUCGGAAUUACAAAGUAAUUGAGGCGGAAAAUGCUCCAGAAAACCCCCUUAAGUAUUUAUACCCAGACAUUCCAAAAGACAAAGCAUUUGGGAAACAUUAUAACAGUCAACAGACAGAAGCUUCAAGGCCUACAGAAAAUCUGGUUAAAGGUUAUGUUCCAUCAGUUUUCGUUCCAAUGUCCAAACUCCCGUCUAAUGGUUCAUCUUCACCUGCCUCUCCACUGGAUCUUCCCAUGUCACCAAGUGUGUUUGCUAUUCUAAGAGAACAACUCACACCUACAGAUAUUGAAAGUGUGGUAAGUAGAAAUAUUGUGUUAGAAGUAGCCUCUAAUUCAGAGCCAGAUUGGGCCGCCGAGAUACUGGGAAGAAUCCCAGUGGGCCACAGGGCUGGCAGAGGCUGGGGCCGGGCAGCUGCAGACAGUGUGUGGAGAGAACAGAGCAGUUCUGACUCAUUUGUGAGGGAGCAGACAGCCUUUGAGAGUGACAGUCAGCCUAGCCACAACUCAUUCAGGCAUAGGCCUUUUCCGAAUUCACAUCACUACAUCAUGACAUGUAAUUCUAAUGUGAGCUGA